GAGGGAGGCCGCGCACUGAACUCACGAGCAGAGGAGAGAGAGGGAGCUGUGCGCGCUCUUGUUCCCGGAGGAGUCCGACCCGCUUCUCAUCCCCAUGCGCGCACACACACACACGCACACACACUCUCACACUCCCACAUGCGCUCACUGGGGUCACUCUUCUUCCAGGCAGCGGACUGGUUUGUCUCCACCGCACAUGCACAGUGUGUGACCAGCGGACCUUUCCAACCUGUGCGCUUCAAGCGUGCGUCCUAGGAAGAAACUCUGCCGAUCGCUGGUUUCCCUCCGCGGUCCUCCCUCCACCCGGUGCUCGUGGAUUACGGAGAAUAACGAGCGGCGUGGACGCGUGACUGUCGGAAUCAUGGAAUUAUGGAUAAAGUUGUCGGUGUUGUUGUGCUGCUGCUGCUUCGGAGCGAGUGCUGACUUUGACGGCAGGUGGCCACGGCAGAUGGCCUCAUCCAACGGCCUCUGUCGAUACGGGGCCAGGGUGGACUGCUGCUGGGGAUGGACGCGCCGCUCCUGGAGUCACUGCCAGCCUCUCUUCGCCUUAACUCACAGAGUAGUCGGGAUAAGGUGCCAGCCCCAAGCUGUGUGCCAGCCGGGCUGUAAGCACGGAGACUGCGUGGGACCCAAUAAGUGCAAGUGCCACCCGGGCUUCACUGGCAAGACCUGCAAUCAAGACCUGAAUGAGUGCGGGCUGAAGCCGAGGCCUUGUAAACACAGGUGCAUGAACACAUACGGGAGUUACAAGUGCUACUGCCUAAACGGCUACAUGCUGUUGCCUGACGGGACCUGUGGAAACGCUCGCACUUGUGGCAUGGCCAACUGCCAGUACGGCUGCGAGGUGAUGAAAGGAGAGGUCCGAUGUCAGUGUCCUUCACCCGGGCUGCAGCUGGCUCCAGAUGGAAGAACUUGUGUGGAUGUGGAUGAGUGCGCAGCAGGAAUCGCCGUGUGUCCCCGGUUCAGGAAAUGCAUCAACACCUUCGGCAGCUACAUCUGCAAGUGCCACGAUGGCUUUGACCUGCAGUACAUUGGAGGGAAAUACCAGUGCACAGAUGUGGAUGAGUGCUCUUUAGGUCAGAGCCACUGCAGCAGCUUCGCCACCUGCUACAACACGCCGGGCUCAUACAAGUGCAAAUGCAGAGACGGCUACAGGGGGAUGGGCCACGACUGCAAACCCAUUCCAAAAGUGGUUAUUGACCCACCGAGACCCCCAAAUCAUCACAACCACAUCCCCGACCGGGAUCAGAGGAGGACCACUACAACCAUCCGCCCUCCACAGACCCCAAGGAGAAUCUUCCCCGUUAUCCCCAAAUCAACAACUGCUACAACCACCACCACCACAACAACCACAACUACUACAACCGCCACAACCAAGGCACCUCCUCCUCCGCGUCGGGUCACCCCAGCCCCACGAAAACCAUCAGUUCCCACCCGGAAGCCUUUCGUCCCCACCAGGAAGCCUCUGAUACCAACACGCAAGCCUUACGUCCCACCCAGGACAGUAGCUCCAACCAGUCGCCCCUCGACGCCGCCACCACCCACCCCUGUAGACAACACCAUCCAGAAGGAGGUCACGAAGCAGAGAGGGGACGUUCACAUCCCUCGGAACAACGGAGACAACACUGUGCUCGGCAUCGACUUUGACAUUGAGCUCGGCAACACGGCGGAUGAAGCCAGAGACGACCCAGAGUCAGGGUAUCUGAGCUGCUCUUUUGAUGACGGCCUUUGCGGCUGGAUCAGGGACAAAGACGGAGACCUGCACUGGGAGACGACACCUGAUCCGUCAGGUGGACGGUACCUCACCAUACCUGAUGUAGGAAACAAGAGGACUGGACGAGGGGCUCGGCUGGUCCUGCCGCUCACCCCUCCCUGGAACGAUGGCAAUCUGUGCCUGUCGUUCCGGCACAAGCUGGCGGGCCACCACGUGGGGAUGCUGCAGGUGUUUGUGAAGAAGGGGAAGCAGUACAGUCCAGCAGUUUGGGGCCGGACAGGAGGAAACGGCUGGAGGCACACCCAAAUCACAUUAUGGGGCACAGGCCUGGAAAGUGUGAUCCUGAAGGGGGAGCGUGGGCGAGGCAGGAGUGGAGAGAUGGCCGUGGACGACAUCACCCUGAGGAAAGGCUCCUGCACGGAGGAGCACAAUCUGAGGAGACUCUAACUGACAGAGCAGGGGGAAAAGUCAGGACGAAAACACGAGGGAAUAUCAUCUCAAAGAGAAGUGACUCUGUAGUGACACCCCCCCCCACUCUGCCAGGAACCCACGCCCCCAUCCACCCUGUGAACGAUGUCCGAAAAAUUGUGCGUCUGCAGAACAGUGGGUCUCUCUUUCUCAACUGUCUACAAAUAAAGGGACCGGAACAGAAUCUGAUGGAUCGAUCCUCAGCGGCACACUCCCAUCUUCUCAGCCUUCUUCAUACACCAUCACCGCAUUAGUCUGAAACCUGCACGUACCUGAACACCACGGAGAUAUUGCUCCACCUAACACAGCGCUAGCCUUUCAGCCGCGCCAGUGAGAGGGCCAUGUUCACUAAAUUUCUCCCUGAAGAAAGAGGGAGUCUGGUUCCCCCUCUCAGGAGUAGGCUUUUUCCUUGCUUUGAUCCUUUAAACCUCGAGCCAUUGCUUUUCCUUUGCCUGAUGUUAAAACGUGCAGCCAGGGGCAAAUUUGGAAAUGUUUUGAUCAGCAGAAUAUCAGAGGUACUAUACAUUUGCAUUUUCUUGUGAAGGUAAGAAAUAUUCAAAAAAGAAAAGGUGUAAAAGACAAAAUGUGUGUGUUAUGAUGUGAUUUCUCCAAACCUGAAUCAGUCAGUAUGGUCAGGCCUGAGACUUCAUUACUGUUCUAUAGCACAGUUUUGCAGUUUUUCUUUUUGUUGUCACAGUAUUUCAGAGAUCUUGUUUGGUAGAAAACAGUCACAAAAGCAUCUUGUCCACCUGGUUCUCUUUCUGAAGCCUCUUAAAGUUGUUCAAAUGCUCCACUAUCAUGUUUCUCAUAUACUUGAAACGUGUCUGACAUUUGCAAACCAAACUGUUACUUUCUACGAUACAGUAUGUGCUUUGUUUUAUUAAGUGCCCUUUGUUAUAAAGACGACACCAACAACUUUUUAGGCUUUUCACCACUUGUAUUAUUGUAAAUGUAGUUGCGUGUACAUACUCUACAAUCCCAUUUGUUGUGUGGUUUAUUUGUUAUGUUAAUCCAUCCAUGGAUAUUAAUUGGAUUUUAAAAUGGUUGGUAUUUUAACUUUUUGAUUCAAGAACAUGUAUACAGAUUGAAACCUUGUGUAGUACAAGGCAGUUUAAAGUGCACAAAAUGUGUAUGUCAUGUGUUAUGGUAGAGUGCUCUGUGUGUAACUUGCAAGGCACGUAGUUGCGUAUUGUAUGCUGUGACAAUGAAGGGCAUUGGCUGGAAUUUAGAGGUGUUCUGUAUGCAUGGGUGCAUUCACCAAAAUUCAGAUUUAUCUAGACCAGUAUGUAAAUAAAAUACAUUUGACUGAUAUAUUAAGAAACAAAACAUGUUUUGUUUUUGAAAUGUUUGUAAGUGAAGUAGAAGACGACUUAAGUAAAGCUUGGAUGGUU